GGCGGCGGGGGCCGAGCGCGGAGCCAGCGCGCCCGGCCCCCGGGGGCGGCCCCGGGGCAGGGAGAGGAGCAGCCGCGGAGGCUGGAGAUCGCUGCCCGGAGGAAGCGGCCGCAGGGCCGGGGUCGGGGGCGGGAUCGGAGCCACAUGGGGGGCUAGAGAGACCCCCCCUCCCCCAGCCAGCUCCGGGGCAGCAGGGGUGGGGGGCGGGUCUGGGGAUUAACCCCCCCCAGCUUUGUGUGUAGGAAACAGCAGCUGUUCCCCCGCCGCCGCAUGGAGCCGGGGGCAGAGCCGCGGGGCCCGGAUCUCCAGGGAACGGAGCUCCCCGGUGGCGCCCGCACGGCAGGUGCCGGGACAGAGGAGGAGAAUCCCCAGCAGGAAGGGGCUGUGGGAACGGAGUCUUGCGGGAGGUCCCAGAGCCCUGCGUGGGGCGACACCGGUUGGGUGGGACGGCAGCAGGGAGACCCCACGGGGGAGACACCCGAAGGGGCAGAGGACCCCGAGCUGCUUCCCAAACCCCUCAAGGGGCAGAAAUCCACCAUCUGCCCUGACUGCGGGAAGAGCUUCGGGAACAGCUCGCACCUGGCCCGCCACCGCCGCACGCACACGGGGGAAAAGCCCUACACCUGCCCCGAGUGCGGCAAGAGCUACCGGCAGGACUCGCACCUGGCCCAGCACCGGCGCUCCCACACCGGCGAGCGCCCCUACAAGUGCACCGAGUGCGGCAAGGCCUUCUCGCAGAGCUCCAACCUCAUCAUCCACCAGCGCACGCACACCGGCGAGCGCCCCUACACCUGCGGGGAGUGCGGGCGCAGCUUCGGGCACAGCUCGGACCUGGCGCAGCACCGGCGGGUGCACACGGGGGAAAAGCCCUUCCCCUGCCCGCAGUGCGGCAAGCGUUUCGCCCAGAGCUCCAAGGUGACCCAGCACCAGCGCUUCCACACCGGCGAGCGCCCCUUCGGCUGCCCGGACUGCGGCAAGGCCUUCCGGCUCAGCGCCGACCUGCUGCGGCACCGGCGCACCCACACUGGCGAGAAGCCCUACGGCUGCGCCGAGUGCGGCAAGCGCUUUGUGGAGAGCUCCCACCUCAUCCGGCACCAGCGCACCCACAUGGGCGAGUGCCCCUACCGCUGCCCGCAGUGUGGCAAGGGCUUCAACCAGAGCUCCAACCUGCUGCAGCACCAGCGCACCCACCGGGGCGAGCGCCCCUACGUCUGCGGCGACUGCGGCAAGGCCUUCGGCGUCAGCUCGGCGCUGCUGCAGCACCGGCGCACCCACACCGGCGAGCGGCCCUACCGCUGUCCCCAGUGCGGCAAGAGCUUCAGCGUCUCCUCCACCUACAACAUCCACCGGCGCACCCACACCGGCCUCAAGCCCUACGCCUGCGCUGACUGUGGCAAGGCCUUCAGCCGCAGCUCUGCCCUGCUCCAGCACCAGAGCACCCACACCGGGGAGCGGCCCUACCGCUGCAGCCACUGCGGGAAGGGCUUCGGGCAGAAGGCGGCCAUGGCCCAGCACCAGAGAACUCACCUGGGCCAGGAGCUGACCGGAGCGAUCCCGCUGGGGGACUGGGGUGCCUCCCCGUUCCCAGCUGCUGGCUCAUGGUCCAUCAUGUCCUUGUAACUACGCUUGAAGAAACCACACUGCCGGGAAAAGGAAAAACCGCCACUGAUUGACACGGGGACUAGAGAAACUCCCUCUGACCCACGUUGGGGUCAAAUUGGAGCUAGAGGGGAAAGACCCUGUGCCCCAUUUUCUGCCCCUCUGAGCCAGCCAUCUCCCACGCCCUGGGGUCAGAUCGGAGCCAGUGCCCCAGAGCGGGGAAAGGCCCCAUGUCCCAGUCUCUGCUCUCCGUGACAGCCAGGCCCCCACUGUGGUUUCAAGUGGACACGGGAUUCAAUUCCUCCCCUUUGCUGUUGGAGAGAGUUGUCCCCACCCCAGAGGUGGAGGCAUCUCAGGAUGAGCGCUAAGGAGGUGACACGGUCCCUCCAAUGUCUGCAUAGGGCUCUGGGAUCCCAUGGGGGAAAUGUUGCAGGCGAAAGAUGAAGUGAUUCUAUUGGCAGGGAAAGUCAGCGCCCGGCUGGCUGCAACGGGCCACUUCAGAGUAACCCAGGGUCCUAUUGCCCAGGCAGGCCCUGCCCAUCUCACCUUGUACAGGAGGACGCUGAUCAGGAUCAGUAGAAGCAGCCCCCCUACCCCGCUGCCUACGUAUACGGGGAGGUAAUUCAUCACGUGCACCAGCUCCACCUCCGUGGUGACCUGCAGGGGCAGACACAGGGCAU